AUGGGUGCUUGGGGAUACUGUCUGUUCCAGUCAGAUCACGACUUCGACAUGAUCAGUGAUCUAAGCCACGAAGCUGGAAUCACCAAACUUGAAGAAGACGCCCAGGCUAGUGCCAAAGCCGCAGGAAAGAGCGAGGAAGACACAGAGCGCAGCAUCCACUACAGCAUCAACGCCAAAUGUUGUUCAGACACUGAGUUGGUUCGCAAGCACCUUGACUCCGGUGUCCUUGUUGACAUGAUCGCCAAGAAGGAGAUGAAAAUGCUAGCUCCUCUCACCGGAUCGAAGGAGGAGUCGCUCGAGCACUGGAUGUCCGACCCCUGCUACGUCUAUGUCCUGCUCGGCGCUUGCGCUAUGACCCUCGGAUGUCAACUCCCCACUACUUAUAUCGCCAUGCUCAAGAAGGUCUACACCGAAGGCGGAGUCAUGCCCGACGGACAGCGGCAGAUGAAGAAAGCUCUCUUCGGUCCAGACGGUUACAAGAACGGAGAGCCUUAUGACUUCGAAUCCAAGACCAUCGUGGAGGAAGCCAACUCCAGGCCCAAAGAGGAGCCCAAGGACAAUGGACGUGGCUUCACGAUGAUGAAUGUUCCCAGUCCCGGAGAUCUCUUCAACACUGGCAUGACCACUUCAUCAACCUCGCUUGUCAUCAAGGAACUUCGCUCGCAGUUGAACAAGCCCGACGAGUGUGGCGGCUGUGGUGUGGCGUCUAGACCGAAGGGUGAGGCCUUGCUCGCAUGCUCCAAAUGUGUGAACCGCAAAUACUGCUCGACUUCGUGCCAGAAGAAGCACUGGAAGACCCACAAGAAGGUCUGCGAGCCUGCCAAGAUUUCUCUGUAA